UUUGAUUAAUUAGUCAAGAAAUUAUUUUAUAGUCGCCAAAAUUCAUCUUAAGCGAAAAUUCAAUUCACGUGCGAACGUGUUACGGGCCGCAAAAUGAUAAUCGAUAAUCGGCCCGGGCCGCAAAACUGAUAAUCGCUGAGUCAUGCAAAUAAUCGCGAAAUCCCUGUACAAAUGUGUUACUUUAUAUAGUUACAUAUGUAUUAAUGCUUUCUAUUGUGUAACACAGGUUUUGCUUCGCUAGAUGACUUCACAGAAAGCCUGUCUUCGUGUAUUGUUGCUGAUCUUUUGGCCAAACUGGAAACUUACAGAAAGCGUUGUUGUCUUCGUUUAUAAAAUACGUUUGCUUUACCUUAUGUUGCAGGUUAAAGCUAGAAUGCCCAAAGCAAAACGGCCGUUGACACAUUUGACCUUUGACAAGUUUUCCAAUUUGUUAGAGCGUAUUGUUGCUGAUCCUUUUUCCAAACUGGAAGGAUAUAUAGUUAACGCCACAGGGGCACUGGACUACACCUACUGCUCAGAAAAUACAUCAAACAGUCUAAAACUGACGAAUUAUGUCCACGUAUGCAAGAUGCUACGUAGAAAUCGACAGCAUCUGAAACCGACAGCGGCUGAAUUUCAGCAUGUUCAACGUGAUGUUCCCAGUGAUCCUAGUGUAGUUCGUGCUAAUAAAUCAAAUGAUGCAAGUGUCAAUCUUGAGAAAGUUUCCGAGAAUCAGUCAGUGCCAGCAGAUGAGAGUGAUAAUUGAAUGCUUAUUAGUGGUGUAGGGAAAAAGCUAAUCAAGGUGAUGUGAAAAUCGCAAGAUUAUACUAAAGUGUAAAAGUUCAAGCAAAGUUUGAUGAGUGUGUGUGUUAUCCAGUUGAAGUGUUUGUGUAAAUGGUCAUAAGUGUUAAAACAUCUAAAAUAAAGCUGUGAAUCAACUACAAUCAUCCAUAGAAUUCAAGCAACAUAAUCAGAAGAAACAAAGACCUGCAAGUUUGGAAAUGUCACCAACUAAUGUGUCAUAUAUUUUAGUUUCUUAAUUUCUCAUAAGAAUACCUUAAUGUUUACUAUGAUUGUGUAAAAUGUACUGUUAACUAUUAUUAGUUCAUGUUUAAUGUGGGGUUUUAAGUCUACUCUUAGAUAUGGUUUAAAAAAACAAACAUUUAAUUAAUAAGUAAUGAAUCACUUAAGUGUUAAAUUGUUUCCGUUUUCUACCUUUAAAGAAAAUAGAUCAUGCAAUAUUUCAACUAAUUCCAAUUUUGCCGCUCCCUUUGUUUUGUUUUUUGAAUGUCAACGCAGAAUGAAAAACACCACCCUGGUUAUCAAACACUAGCAUAUCUUCCUAAACUGCGUUCGCGUUUGCCUCCCUUUAAGAUUUUAACAAUAAAUAUGUUCAAGCAGAUCAAUCAAUUUUGAUUAUUUAGUCAAGAAAUUAUUUCACAGUCGCCAAAAUUCAUCUUAAGCGAACAUUGAAUUCACGUGCGAUCGUUCAGCGGACCGCAAAAUGAAAAUCGAUAAUCGGCCCGGGCCGCAAAACUGUUAAUCGCUGAGUCAUGCAAAUAAUCGCGAAAUCCCUGUACAAAUGUGUUACUAUAUAUAGUAACAUAUGUAUUAAUGCUUUCUAUUGUGUAACACAGGUUUGCUUCGCUAGAUGACUUCACAGAAAGC